CUCGUGUGGGUUGUGUAGUUGCUGAUAUCUGAAAUGCAUAUGAAAUGGUGUUUUGUGGGUGAGCUAAUCACACUAGUGUCAUUCGAACAGACCCACACACCACGGAUCAUAUGACACCAUAUGCGAAAUUUAUGGGAUUUCGCCGCAUCCCCAAUUAUGCUUCAAGCAACUUGCAUAUAAGAGCGACUAUCCAGCCAAAGAUUUGCUACGCAAACAAAACAACUACAUCGUUGCAACCAUGAUCCAUUUCGCGCUGGUCCUUUCCUUGCUUCUUGCACUCGGCACGGGGGUCAGUGCAAGAUGCCAGGCCUGUCCUAAUUGCGAUUAUGAGCAGAUCAGUAUUGAGCAAGGGGAUGCAUGCCUUAGCUACUGGACGUGCUCAGGCACUACUUACGACUGCUAUUACCCCUCUGUUGCAAAUCCGGGAACGUACAAUGUCUGCACGUACAAUGCAUCGGACAAUGGGGGACUUAUAGCUGGCCCCAGCGGUAUCUGUGAAGAGGGAGGGGGAGACAACGCGCAUUGUGAACCUGCCAAUAACCCUUACAACAUUGGCUACGGGUGCACCGCUUCAUAUGGGUUUGUUAAUGAAACCAACAGUCAGCUAUUAUAAAGUAGUUAGAGCCUAGUGCAGCACGGGCUACAUCUACCUUACGACA